CAGACCUGUGAACUACGGUUUGUUCCGGAAGUGUUGAGUCUAUAAGACUGGCUGUGUGUUUGACAGUGUGUCAUUAAUAGAUCAGUAUGGAGCUCAGGACACUUCCUCUAAUGCUCUUGCUGAUUUCAAACAUCCGCCCUGGACAAACUCAAGAGAGACUAAAGGCUGUAGUGAAGACAGAGUCUGACACACAUGAAACCACUGCCAGAUGUGAAAUACCUGGAGAUGAAGAUGACUGGACAUACAGCUGGUUUAUAGAUGGGUCAUCUCGGCCCUUGAGCACUGACAGAGAAUUCAACUUCAUAUCUGAUGUAUCUCAGAAACUCAGCAGCGUCACCUGUAGAGGAGAGAGAAGAGAUGGACUGAAGUCAGAGAUCAGUGACGCUGUUACACUGGCAUUAUCACUUCCAGAGACACCUAAAGCUGUUCUGACUGUUCAGCCUGAACCAUCACUGAUACUCAGAGGAGAGACUGUCACUCUCACAUGUGAUAUACAGGGGGAAGGAUGGACAUAUAGAUGGAGGUGUGGAGAUGAUGAUGAUAGAGAGCACGACACUGAAGAGAAAGAGUUCAAGAUCACUGCAGAGAUCACACAGGAGUGCAGGUGUAACGGCUGCAGAGGAUCAAACUGCUCUGACUGGAGUGAUGAAGUGACUCUGACUGUGUCGGAAGAUCGUGAAAUAGUUGGAGACAAACCCAGAGUAACAGUGAAGCCCCAGAGUUCAGUGUUCACUGGAGACACAGUUACUCUGAGAUGUGACGUGAGUCGCUCUGGACGGAGGAUUAUCUGGUACAAAGACCACCAGAGAAUACAAUCUGGUGUUGAUACAGUAACACUGAGCAACGUGAGAGUCUCUGAUGGAGGAGAGUACUGGUGUGGUGUACUAGGAGAAACACAAGGUCCAAGAGUCACGCUAACAGUAAGAGAGAGACCCAAAGCUGUAUUGCGUGUUCAGCCUGACAGACGAGUGUUCAGAGGACAGACGGUCACUCUCACAUGUGACAUACAGGAGACAGACGGCACUAGCUGGACCUACAGCUGGAAUAAAGAUCGUUCACAGAUUCAUGUCAGUCAAUCACAGGAAUACAGAAUCAGUUCAGUUAAUGAAUCUCACACAGGUCAUUACAGCUGUAGUGGAAGAGAGACGGGAGGAUCACGAUACACACACACCAGUGAUGAAGUUACACUGACGCUUUCAGUACCAGAACCAUCAGGAUCUCCAGGAACAUCAGGAUCUCCGAUAACAUCAAGACCUCCAGGAACAUCAGGAUCUCCAGGAACAUCAAGACCAUCAGGAUCUCGUAAUCUGAUCAUUGGAGUCUCUGCAGGAUUGAGCGUCUUGUUUCUGCUCAUCGUCUUACUGGUCCUGCUGUGGCGCUGCAAACACAACAAAGCAGGAGGAUCUCCGUCUCCCUCGACUGAACAUCAGCAGCGCGACAUCAGAACAGAAGAACAGAAGAAGAAUGCGGACACAGUGAAGGGGCCUUCGGAUGUCACCUAUACUGAGAUUGACCUGAAACCAGUGAAGGGAAUGAAGAAGAAAGAAAACCAGAGAAAGACCGGUGAGAGUUCAGACACAGUUUACUCCAAAGUGAACAUCGCAACAGCUUAAGGUGCACGAGGUGCUAGAUGGAUCUAGUCUUAUGACGAAUGUUCAGAUGAGAAACAAAACGCAAUCUUGUGCUUCAAAUAUGUACCAAAAGUUGGUGAAUUGAAGAUAUUACUCCUAUUAUUAAUCAAAUACUUUAGAUUAGUUAACAUAAUGUCCUGUUAGUGUCAUAUACAAUUAGAAAGUCUAGAGAAAUAAUGCUUCUACCAUAUUCAUCUAACAUUACUGGGAUUACUAUGUCAUAGACUGUAAGUAUUAUGUAUCUUAUUAAAGAAUUCUGAAUACUGUAAGAAAUAAAAAUAGCAAAACAUUUGUAAAUAUUCUACAAGCUAAUUCUGGAGUUGUAUCUAUAUCAUGUAUGUAUUAACAUGUGUGGAUCUCUCCUCUCGAUGUCCACUAGAUGUCCCCAUACACACGAUCUGGUUUCAUUGUGUGUGAGUUUUUGCUCUGUACUUUUUUAGUGUCUUUCUGCAUUUACUGUGUUCCUUCAUGCCUGCACUGCAUUGUGCUUCAAUUAUAAAUGCUAAUAAAAUAGUUUUAAGUG